GAGACGCGGGGAUGCGCGCCGGGGGUCCCGCCGGCCGGAACUACCGCUCCCGUGGUGCCCCGCGCGGCGCCGGCGCCGCCAUGGAGCGGCGCGUGGCGGAGCAGCUCCGCGGCGCGCUGGGCCCGCUCGGCCUCGAGGUGCACGCCUUCAAGGUUGGGUGGUACAAUGCUGUUCUCCAGCCAGCCUUCCACCUCCCCUACCCAGAUGACACACUGGCCUUCGUGGUCCUCAGCACGCCGUCCAUGUUUGACAAGGCCCUUAAGCCUUUUGUGAGCAAAGAACGAUUAAAAAUAAUCAGGGAUCCUGUGGAUCAGUGUGUUUCCCAUCAUUUAUCACGUGUGAAGGAGAAAUUCCCUGACCAGAGGGUGGAUAUCAUGUUUGAUUAUGAGAUGCUACCGAGCCGAAAGCCCAAGUUCCUGGCACAGACAGCUGCCCACGUUGCUGGAGCUGCAUAUUACUACCAAAGGAAGGAUGUGAAGCUUGAUCCUUGGGGGAAGAAGAAGAUCUUUGGCGUUUGUAUCCAUCCCAAGUAUGGCGGCUGGUUUGCUAUCCGGGGUCUCCUGCUCUUCCCAGCCAUCCAGGUGCCGUUCCUGGAACAGCCCGCCCCUGUGGACUGUGUGAGCACGGAGGAGAAGAGGAUUGAGCUGCUGGAGCAGUUCAAUUUCCACUGGCAGGACGGCCGCUACAGGGACAUCAUUGAAGUGAAGGAAAGGUACUCGGAGGAGCAAAAAGCCUAUUUUGCCACUCCUCCCGCCGAGAGAUUGCGGCUGCUGGGGCUCUCACAGGAAGCCCAGAGAAUCACAUUUCACUGAGAAAGCGGCGCUGCGGAGGGCAGAGGGCAGCAAAGGGUAACUCACGAGCACCGGCGUUUGCCGGUGCCGAGGAGGAGGAGGAGGAGGAGGAUGGUUAUGCUGGUACGGACACGGCAAAUCCGAGCAGCCUCAAUGCAAACAUUGCAGUCAAGGCUUCGCAGAGAGAGGGGCACUGCUCCGCGGCCCGGGGGAGGUGGGAGCCGUCUGUUCUGUGCUGCUGCUGAUCUGGGGCGUCCUCUGGGGAGUCCAGUAAGGUGCCAUUAGCCUUUGGUUGGGGGUAGUUUAGACAUCCUGGCAACUCCAAAAUCCAUGCUGCUCAUUAGAGAAAUCACUUUAGUUCUCAAGAAUUUUCCUUUUGAAUGUUCUGUUUCUAUUCUUUGUAGGUGUAAAAAAAAAUUCAGUCAUUGUACUACUUAGUUGGAUUUUGUCUAAACUUGGGGCAGGUACUUUUUUAGAUGUAGCCAGCAUUUUAUUAUCCUGUAUCAUGACUCUCUCUAGGGAACACAUGUCCAGUCUUUACAAUCUUGCCUAGGUCACAUUUAAGCAUUUAUCCAUUCAUAGAGCUGACUGGAAUAUUUGGAAAGAUGCUGAGUAAUGUCCAUAUGAUUGGAGAUUUUACUCACUUUAAGACACCUGACUGAAAAAGACAAUUCUCGUGGCCUUUUCUAAGGUAGACCACAUUUGUGUUAAAAGUAUUUUUCAGUGCCAGCACACAGCACAUCCCCCACAGUUACUGCCACAGUUUCCUGGUGUGCUUUCUUUGUGGGAAAGAUUGUAAAUCUGCACACAUGUAAAAGCCAUGGCACAAGGCCUUGUCACAUGCACAGGCAAACAAGCACAGAAGAAAGGGACAUAUUAAUGACAUUCAUGUUACUUAUAUUGCUGGAUUAAACAUGUUCAGACAGAAGCAACAUUUUUUACAUUACUUUGUCCCGUUACAUUUGUUCAGAGGCUACAACGCACCUGGAAAUCAGGAAUUAAUUUCUCUUUGAGCAAUUUGAGGCUCAGAUCUCGUUAAAGUAAUAUAAUACAUUAAAAUAAUAUUUUGUGGGAGCUGUUUUACUAGACUGCAGUGCAAUGCUGCAGAUGGACAGGCACUUUUUUUCCUUUUGGUGAUGAUGAAGAAAUACUCACUUUGCAGAACUGAGCCCUUUCUUUUUAUAUUGAGAUUCUUCAAAGCUUUUGGAGACUCCACUAGGAAGGUUGCCCUCACCAUUGUUCACUGCUUGAUACAGUUGCUCAUAGUCAGUACACUAACUCACUGUAAUCCAAAUUCAGGAUAACAAGUUUGCUUCCCUGUAAACAGAGUAAUGAGCAUGUGAUCACUGGGUUUGUUCACUGCAUUUGCUGUUACAAAAAAGUCUUUGUUGCUUUCCAUGCUUUGUUCAUCUCUGACUAAGGCAGACACCUGACUUAGAAUGUGAUAGAAGUAUUGUGAUGUUCAAUUUAAGGUAAAGAAUGAAAUUUGUUUAAAAUCUGUUCUUUUGUUACAGAAUUACUUCUGGUUCAAAUUUGUUUGAUGUUUCAGAACUUUGAAACUGAACUGUAAUUUAACAGAGGAUUUAGGUAAUGGCUUAUACUAGUAACAAAGACAAAACACUGAUUCUCUUAGAAGGAUAAAUAUAGAUUUGAAUCAAAUCUAUCUUUUUAUAUUACAAUUUAAAGUAAAUUAUUUUGAUUUUUUGGUAUUGAUUUCUUACAAAUAUUUAAUAUUUUGUCUUAAUUUAUUAAAUAGAUCACCAUGGUCACUGCAUUUCAAUUUCUGUAAUUUAUUUAUCUUCAAAUGAUAUUUUGGUUACUAAAUAUACAAAGCUGUAAGUAAA